AUGUCUUCACCUCCAGGGUCGCCAUUCUCUAUGGGCUCCCCCAUCAGCCAGACCUCAAACGUCCUGACACCCAGCCGGAAAGUGCAGGCUUUGCUUGCCCAAUUUGAGGACUCUGACUCAGACUCGCCCUCUAUUGAACAUGCGACCUCGCCACGUGCAGCAACGGAACGGGAGAGCGGCAUUGCCUCACCGAGAGGAAACCCUAGCAUACGAGAGGAGGAUACUCGAAAUGAAGCCCCGGACGAGGACGAGGAUGAGGACCUACCCGUGGCUCCACGUUCAAGAAUGGCUGCUCGUUUGCAGGGUCUAAAUCCAGUACAUCUGCCUGGAGAAACGGACUAUGCUACCACAGCUGCAACAGAAACACGUUCAAGUACACCAGAGUCAGACACGGGAGAUAUUGCACCACCUGAAAUGAGAAGAAGGCUUCUCACGAAGCGCAACAGCAGCCCAGUCCACCGUCGUAUAUCUAUAUCACCUUCGACUGCAUCGGCCGCCUCUCUACCAUCUCCUCCUGUUCGUCAUGAGCCUGUGCAGGCGAAUUCUGACUCGGAAGAUGCAGACGACCAAUCCAAUGUUGGCAAAUCUAAAUUUUUGGCUCUAGUUGAAAAGCAUCGCAAGCAGCGCCUUGAAAAGGAAGCCGAAGAGGAGGACAGGCGCAAGACACGGGAAGAAAAGCUCAAAUUUCUUGAGAAGAACAGUCGACGUAUGCGAGGCUCCAGUCCAGCAGAUGACACUGAAGAGGAAAGCGACAAUUCUGGCGUCGAGGGAGCGAAGAAACUUUCAACGCAGACUCGACCAAUGCGUAAAGCAAGCAAGAAAGCAUUGGAGGAGAUGAACAGAGAAACCCAACGCAUGAGCCGAAAUAUGCAGUUGGCCCACCAAGCUCGAACGAAGAAGAAGAUCACAAAGGACAGUCUGCUCGCAAGGUUCAACUUUCCCGUUGCUGGCUCCGCUCCGCGGGUCGGGUCUGAUCGAGACGAUGAUCGUCGGGCGACUGGUAGUUCUAGAGCCGGAUCAGACAACGAAGGUUCAAGCACCCACGAUACCCCGCCAACUAGCCCUGUGCACGAGGAUAUGCAUACAGACAGCUGUGAAAAGACACUCACUGCGGUUGAUACAUCAACAGUGCCCACCUCAACGCUUCCACAUGCCUCGAAUUCUCAGCCCGUUAUUUCGAGACUUGACAAAGGCAAGGGAAGAGCUCCGUCAGAAGAACCCGUGCCAAGACCUCUACUUGUCCAACGUGUAACCGACCAGAUCGACCAGGAGCCAUUGAAAGAAUUCAGUCCAAGCCUUAAGCCAACGAUCAAACCAUUCGGGCAGAAAAAGUCUCUGCUUUCCAUGCCUAAAGCUGACAGCGACGAGUCAGACUCGGACCUAGAGGUUAUUACAUCUAAAGGUGACAUGAGGAAGUAUGCUGCAUUCGAACAACUUCCAAAGCGGAAAGCGAAAGAGGCCCCUUCUCACCUUGCUCUCCGAUCACUAGCACAUAUGAUCGGUGGAGAGGAGCGGAAGCGCACUAUGAAUGCAGCAGAAAUGGAAGCAUCUUUGCGCAGAGCUGCCCGUCUACAAGCCCGACGGGAACGAGAGCAGAAGAUUGAAGAGCUCAGGGCGAAAGGUGUGAUGAUCCAGACCUCUGAAGAACGUGAACGAGAGCAACAAGAUGUUGAGGACUUGAUUGAGAAGGCUCGCCAGGAAGCGGUCGAAAUCCAGAAGCGAGAGAAGGCUCUUGCAAAGAAGGAGGGAAAUUAUGUCAAGGAGGCCUUCGACGACGAUGAUAGCGACGAUGAUGAAGACUUCGAAGUUGACGACGGAGGAAACGCUAGUCAAGAUUCCGACGAAGACGAAGACGAAGACGAAGAUGGAGAUGAAGAGGACACGCAUGAAAACGGCAAUGAGAACCUGUUGGAUGAUGAAGCUAGCGAGGAAGAUCCAGAGGAUGAAGAACAAGCUAGCGAUGAAGACCCCGGAACAGAGGAUAUGGCGGAAGCCCAGGAGGUCGCAGUCACUUCUUCGAGAACGAAACGACAGACUCGAGUACUGAGUGAUGAUGAAGAGGACGACGACAAUGCCCACUCGCCCGAACUGCCAGCUGUCGCCAAAACACCUCAAUCCGUCAUGCGAUCAGCAAGGAAACAGAUUCCCGGCUUACAAAUGUCUGAUGAUCUGCCGAUGGGUUUGACCCAAGCUUUUGCGGCUACGAUGGCGGACUCUCAAACCCAGGACGUGAACGAAGAACAAGAUAGUCUACGCAUGACUAUGGACCUCCCAUCGCCCCACAUUGCAAUGGCUCCAAGAGUGCAACGCCUUGACUCAAUCGAUGUCAUCACGGACAGCCAACCGGCGACCCAGACCCAGCCUCUUAACGUGAACCUCUCCUUCUCCGAGUCACAAAAGGUACCUCAAUCUCCAAUGAGUGCAGUCGGGACACAUGGACUGCAAUAUACCCCUUCUCAGCCUCAAUUCGAGCCAACCCAAGAUGGAGGGUUCAUGUUGAGUCCGUUUGCUGGUAAUCGAUUUGCCCUCGAAACCCCUCAGGACGUUGGACCAACUUCGACGGUUGAUACUGUGAUCCUUCCUCACGAUCUCCAAGACAGCCCCAUUGUUCAAAGGACAACGAGACUACGACGAGGUCGUGCACAGCCCGAUGACAGCGAUGACGACGAUGUCGAGGCAGGCGUGUCUGCCUUUGAACUCAUGCAUCGUGCUGCCAAGAAGAAGGGACAUCAGAACUUUGACAAGAACAAGUCAAAAGCACGUGAAAUCAUCGAUGAAGCCGCAGAAGAAUCAGAGGAUGAAUACGCCGGUCUGGGUGGAGCAAGCGAUGAAGACGCCAACGAGGAAGAGAAUGAGGAUGACCGCGCCAUGAUCGACGAAGAUACUCAGGUCGGGGUCGGUGACGAAGCGAAAUUGGCCAAGCUCUUUGCAGAUAGAGAGCGUCAACAAGACGAAGCUGCCGUGUCCAAAUUGAUGAAGGAUAUUACAACAGGCGCGCUGCGACGAAAACGUGGCAACGACGACCUCGACCUCUCGGAUGAGGAAGAUGCGGUGAACAGACGACGCGAAGCCAAGAGAAGGGAAUCCGCCAGGAUGCGCCGGGAACUUCUGAAAGACGAGGCGGUGGGUAAGAUUGCCGAGGACAAGAAGAAGGAAGCUUUCCUCCGAAGUAUCGAGGAUCGUGAUGUGAGCGACGGAGAAGAUAGUUUUGACCUCCCACAGACCCAGCCCGAAGAGGAAUCACAGGAGAACGCGGCCGAAUCCGGAGAGCAAGGAACGACCCAGACAGCAGCACAAAUCACGGAUGGCUCUCAUGAUCAACCACUCGAGCAGGCCAAAGAAUCUCGACUCAACCAAAUCAAGCGCCGCGGCGGCGGCGGCGGGCGUGCACCUGUACCUCUUGGUCGAAGACCAGCCACAUUGGCUGAAAUCCGAGAAUCGGUGUCGUUCUUGAUCGAAGAGCCCGACUCGCAAGCGGCCACAAUCGAUCUUGGCCUUUCGGAUUCUGAAGACGAGCCAGAAGCGUACGUCAACUUGGACCGUCACUUCCAGGAAGCCGAAGCCGAUGAGAAUGCCGAGGAUGGUGACGAUUUGGGUGACUUUGUCGUCGACGAUGACGGUCGGGCCGGAGAAGACGAAGACGCCGACGCCGACGGCGGCUCUUCUUUUAAGAAACCAGGCAUCCCUUAUAGUGAGACUAGGGCUCCGUAUUCGGAACGACGGACAAAGGAGAGGAGGACCAACGUGGUCAAUCGGCUGAGCAUGCUUCGUCAGGCAUCGUCUUCUUCGUCGAGUUCGAGUGGUACGACGAAGAUGGCGUUUUACACGUCGACGACGACGAGUGUGUCUUUCGGCAAGGUUCCGAGUCUCUUGCGUCGAGCCACGACGAAUUCCAGCCUGGGGAGUAUGGCUGAAGGGGCGUCGGCGACCGGGGUCACCCUGCAAAAACCCGAACGUGGCAAGGCGAACGAGGAAAGGGAGUUUGUCAGAAAGGCCGGUGGCGGGCGGAGAAACGCGGUCAACUACAGACCUACGGUGAAGGAGGAGAAGAUGAGCCAGAGGGCCGGCAUCGUCAAGAAGACGGCUGUCAUGAAGAGUAAGAAGGGUGGUGAUGGGUUUUUGGGUGGGCUGUUUAGACAGGAUAGUUGGGCAUGAUGCCCGACUUGCCUGCGGAAUCAACGAGUAUGAUUAUUAUACCUGAACAGAACAUAUCUACAUGGAGUGCUUGGUGUUGAUUCACCGCUGGCGAUCCCCCC